UUCACCGCCCACUACUACCGGAAGCGAUUUAUCAGAACUCAACUUCCUAGUUCAGUGUGUUGAAGUUCGUCGCCGCCCACUAAAGAAAGUGAUAUUCAAGGUGGACAUCAGGAAGUGAAACAAACAGAAUUUAACUGUAGAUGUUGGAUUGACUGCCGUGGAAUCAUGUCGCAUCAAACCGGAAUUAAAGCGUCUGAUGAGCUCAAGCAGGUGUUUGCAGAUUGUAGAGAGAAGGACUACAGAGUGGUCAAAGUUGGCAUUGAUAUCGGAGAAGAAAAGUUGAUUUCAUUGGGACAUCAGGGAGCCACAGGGACAUGGGAGCAAGAUUAUGACGCUUUGAUACCUCCAUUGAUAGAGGAGAAAGAGCCAUGUUAUCUUUUCUACCGUUUUGACGAGAAGGACUCCCAGAGUAAAUACAGAUGGCUGUUCAUUGUAUACGUUCCAGAAUAUGCUACGGUGAAACAAAAGAUGAUAUACGCUGCAACAAAGUCAUCACUUAAGACAACCUUUGGCUCAGGACAGAUACAGAAUGAAAUACUUGAGACUUCAAUAACCGAAAUGAAUUACAAGGGAUACAUCAGUCACAUCGAACACCAAGAAGCUCCAGCCCCGCUGACGGCCAGCGAGGAGGAACAGAAACAGAUGAGGGAAGAAGAAGGACCUACUGAAUCUGGCAGCACUACCAAGCAGAGCCAUCUGAAGGGUAUUGCGUUCCCAGUCAGACCCGAUGCCGAAGACAAGCUUCUUGCAUUGAAGAAUGGCGAUUAUACCUAUGUUAGACUGUGUGUGGAUAUAAAGAAUGAAGAGAUUCUAUUGGAUGACUCAGACAGCAUUGAGUUGAAUGCACUCCCAGCCAAGGUGCCUACAGAUAAAGCUAGCUACCAUGUCUUCACAUUCAAACACACGCAUGAAGGAGAUUAUCUAGAAAGUAAAGUGUUUAUUUAUUCCAUGCCUGGCUAUAACUGUCCUGUGAAGGAGCGAAUGUUGUACACCAGCUGUCUCAGUCCACUCAUAGGCUUCCUUGGAGAAUCUCUAGGAAUUGAAAUAGCAAAGAGGAUUGAAAUAAGCGAGGGCGCGGUCCUGACAGAAGCAUUUCUUAUGGAUGAGGUACACCCGGUACGCAACCUGCACCGACCAGCAUUUGCCAAACCUAAGGGACCACCGGGGAAACGAGGUCAAAGAAGGUUGUUAAAGGAAGAAAAUUAAUGAGUAAUAAUUAAUUAUACAAAAGGGUUCAACGUUUGUUGAAUUGGCAAGACUGGUUUUUACGUAAAUGGUUUGUCUGCUCUGAAUCAAGAUAUACUUGGAAAUAAUCUGGUAUUAUCAAUAGUUCCAAAAUGAUGAAUAUACAAACAAACAAAAUUCAAUUGUUACCUCAAAUUUUUGGAAAUGGAAUGCCAAGUUUGAAGUGUGUCUGUUAUUUGCGUACUUUUUCUUUGCCAAAAGUUUCAGCUAAAGUUAAAUCCAAUCAGGGAAAAUAUUAUGUUGGGUAAAUGGAAUUAUGUAACUUCACAUCAAUCAAAAACUUUGGAUAUUGAUUAAAACAAAUUGUAAUCGGGUUUAUAUUCAGCAAAGUUUUAAUCAGGUAAAUAGCCAAUGGUGUGCCCUUACCUUUCGUUGUAAAUUUUUGUAUGCAAAUUUGAUAAAGAUUUAACUACCAAAAAAGGCGAUUGUAGUGACUGUACCCUGCUCUUUUCCAGAAUUUUACCAGAAAUAAUCGUCAAUAUGCGCAGCAGCUGUCUUCCCACUUUCCUGACUUAGUACUUGAUUUAUGGGUAGAUUUGUUAAAGACUUGCAGCCAAACGUGUAUCUGUAUCAUUAAUACAAGGACAAAUUUUUCCAGCAUGAUGUGUUUGCUUUAAUAACCAAUAAGGAAAACAUAUACUGCUGGUAUCCACUAAUCUUGACGCACUUGGCGCAUGAAAAUUUGUACCCUGCCGUCGAUUUCACAAAACUCUUCCUAACUUAGGAAUAAUCUUAGGACUUAGUAUGGGUUCAGUUCCGUAUC